AUGGCUGAGCUCGCCGGGGUUGCUGUCCGCUCGCUGUUGGGCGUCAUCCGCGACGAGGCUAAGCUGCUGGGGGGUGUCGGUGGUGAUGUGCAGUUCAUAAAAGAGGAGAUGGAGAGCAUGAACAGCUUCCUCCUGCACCUCGCCAGGAAGACACCCCGCAACGGAGAGCACGAUGUGCAGGUCCGCACGUGGAUGAAGCAGGUCCGUGACCUUGCUCACGACUGCAGCAACUGCAUCGACGUCUACCUACAGCGCGGUGAUCCGGCAGUCUAUCGCGCCAGAGGAAUCCUGCUGGGCUACGUGUGGUGGGUGCCUUGGUUCAUCAAGAAGACAGUCGCUCAGCACCUUGCAGCCACCCAGCUGAGAGACCUCAAGGCCCGGGCGCGUGACGUUGGCGAGCGGAGGCUGAGGUACGGUGUUGAGGGCCCGGCCAAGGCAGACUCCGAUAAGCUGGUGCUGCCGGAGGCAGCGGCGGAGUCAUCACCGUCAUUUCAAGCUGCUGCUGCGGGGAUUGUAGCUGAAGGAGACUAUGACUUGGAAGAAGACUACUACUGGGCGACAAGUGAUGAUCCACGAAGGGAGCAAGCCUUUUCCGAGCCUCGCAUUGUUUUCAAGUGCACCAAAGAGCUAAUGCACUGGCUCAAACACCAACACAUGGGUGACCCAUUCAAAGCCAUCGCCAUUGCAGCACCAGAUGAAGAGGAUGGAAGGGAUAUUAUUAAUCAAGCAUUGCUUCAUAAUUCCAUCAAGGAAAAGUUCGACCACAUCUUCUUUUUAAACGAGAAGAUGUUUAUUUUUGAAGCAGCAACACCUACUGCGGGGGAGAAGGCGUCUUACACUUGCCUGCAAGAACCCUGGGAUUUUCUUGGUGACAUCCUGAAGGAGCUGGAAGGGGAAGCCGACGAAUCGGUGGAAGAAUUUGGCGAGGAAGAAGUCAACGAGAAGAUUGGGAAGAUCGAGGAGAAGAUCGAAGAGUACCUGGAAAAAGCUGGUAAUAAAGGUUACCGGGUUGAACCCUUAGGAGUACUCUGUGGCAUCUUGCGGGUGCUGCUCCAGGACGCCACUGCUGGUGAGGAUCCAAAUCAAACCGAGGAACAGAUCCUUAACGAGACAGCGGAUAAGAUGAAAAACUAUCUUGAAUCAGGGGGUGCAAUGGAUUCCUGCAGGAUCGGCGUUGAGCAUUCCCAAUACAUAGCCAUCCUGCAGGAGCUGCUUCCGAAUCAGGCCACCACACUGGCAAAGGCAGCCACAAAUAAACUGGCUGGCGAGGAUUAUAUCGUGAAGAAUAUUAAAGACAUCACGCUGAAAAUUCAAGUGCAUAUCACGCCGGAGCUCCUGCCAGUGUCACUUCACCAGCAAGAUAAAUCAGUGGAAGAAUCAGGCCAAGACCACCUGUCGCUGCCAUGGGGCGAGGAGGACUGCAGGAAGAGGAUUGAACAAGUCCUAGAGAAGAUCAAAGAGCAUCUGUUGAUUCAAGAAACCGUGGGGAGGGUUAGAGAGUAUCUGAAGGAUACAAGGACGCUGGUCAUUCUCCACGAUGCCUCUGGCUACAAAUGGGAUGAGACCGCAGAGGCCUUGCAAAAUUUGGGUUGCAGUUCAAUGGCAGUGAUAGUUACCACAAAAUACAUGCAGGGCUCCAAGGACUUCUGCUAUGGGACGGAACCCAUCGUGUACUCUUCUAUUGAAUACUACCACAAAACAGCGCUCCAACUUACAAAUCGGCGUGUGAAUGACGACGAGAAGUACAGUGCUGAAAUCUUCCAUGAGAUCUUGGAGAAAUGUAGGGUGGAUGAGUUCAGCCUGAAUAUGUUCAUCCAUGCUCUAUUUGCCAAUCCAAUGAGGAGCAGAGAAGAACUGGGCAAGCUGAGCAACAGCCUCGUGUUUGGAGGUUCUGCGAAAACUAGUACGAAUGGCUACAAGAUGAUCAAGUUCUCCUACAGCGAUCUGCCUAGGGAAUACAAGACAUGUUUGCUAUAUCUAGCCAUCUUCCAUGAAGGUGAGAAGAUAAACCGUACAAGGUUAAUUGGGCGGUGGGUUGCGGAAGGACUGAUAACUAGACAAGACUGGUCCAGUUCAGUAAGCCAGGCUGAGCAUUGUUUGGAGGUACUUGCCGAUCUAUGGCUUGUUUGUCCUUGUGAUGUUGGUGCUGCAGGGAAGGUCAAGAGCAUUACAGUGCAUCAACAAGUGUACAACUUCAUCACCAUGAUGGCCAGGAAAGUACACAUUCUGGACACACGCCUGUCUCGGCACCUGGCUCGCCACUUCUCCAUUCUCAGCAACAUCAGGCUCCGUCCCUCAGAUAGCAUCCUCGACUUCUUGAAGCAACCAUCCCGUGCAUCAUCUCAGUUGAAGCUCGUCAAGGUCCUGGAUCUGGAAGGAUGUGCAUCCCUGGGAGAUAACCAACGCUGGCUCAAGAACAUCUGCACCUCGUUAAUACUGCUCAAGUAUCUGAGCCUAAGGAACACAGAUGUCACUCAGCUGCCCAAGGAGAUCAACAUGCUCCAGCAGCUGGAGGUGUUGGACAUCCGGGACACUCCAAUAAAUGCCUCCGCCAUAAAACACCUCAUGCUGCUGAAGCUGAAGCGUCUGCUGGCUGGUCACACUGAUGAUGCUAGCAUACUUUCCACUGUCCAGAUGCCUCACAAGGUCAGAAAAAUGACAGACCUGGAAGUGCUGUCCCAUGUAGAGGCUUCAAAACAUCAUGCUACAGAGCUGAGAGAGAUUGGCCAGCUAUGGCAGCUGAGGGUGCUUGGUGUGGUCAUUUAUGAUUGGAAACCUCAACUUGAGAACUUACUCCAAGGGAUCAGCAAUCUGAAUGAGUGCCUUAAGUCAUUGUCCAUCGAGAUCAGGCCUCCGCCUGCCAGCCAGGGUGCUACUCCUCCUGACGUACCUGCAACCAAUGCUAUGAGCGCACACUGUAAGAACACACCCAAGCUUCUUGAAAGCCUGAGCAUCAGUGGAGUCACAAAGUAUGGGCGUCUUCACCCAUUGUUCACCAGAGGCUGCCACAAACUUGCCAAGGUAACUCUUCAUAACACCUUCUUGGACCAGGAUGAUAUGGAAUCCCUCGCACAUUUGCCCAACCUACGCGGCCUCAGGCUCCGGCACAUUAAUUUACACACUGAGGGCAAGCUUAUAAUCCAGACCAAUGGGUUCCAAAAUCUCAAAUAUCUUACUAUUGAGGGGGGUGGCAUCACAGACAUCAACUUCGAACAAGGAGAAGUUCCUAAGCUUGAAAAGAUCGUCUGGCUCAUCGAUGUGAUAGAGUCUCUCUCAGGAAUCAACAACCUUCCCAAGUUGAAGAAAUGGUGUUCAGUGGUGCGGUCAGGCUACCAAAUCAGGUGA